AACGUAUUAUCAUGUCAGCGGCUAUAUACGUAAACUGAAAGCCCAAAUUUCUCUCCAGAAUUCGAACAUCUCCUGAUCUCAUUCAAGAAUUUCGUCGAACAUGUGUGUCGUCCUCCUCAACAACAACGUGAACGUGUCAGUGUAAACGAAUCGAAAACUCGAACGGCAGCCACGUGUCGAUCAUCCUACUCUCCCAUGCCGAACAACUCUAAACCCCUUGGCAUUUCUUCGAACUUUAAACCCUCCCAGAAAACAAUCCAAAUCUCCAGUCCAAAACGACGCUAAAAUGUACCGUUUCAGACCCUCGCUUCUCCUUCAUCAUCGUUGCCUUCACAACCUCCAAAACGCCGGCCCGCUGUGCUCCCAAUUAAAAUCCCGGUCCGUAAUCCGGUUCUCUGGAUCCGACACCAUCAAAUUCCUUCAGGGUCUUUUAUCAAACGAUGUACGGAGGCUUGGUGAACCCCCACGCGAAGGGAACUCCCCCAUUCCUACACCGAACGUGGCCUCUGUGGUGGUUCCUCCUAUGUAUGCAGCUCUUUUGACGCCUCAAGGGAGGUUUUUGUAUGACUUGUUCUUGUAUAGGCCGCCCCGGCCUGAGGAGAAGCUGGACAGAACUGGGUCCGGUCCAGGUAGUGGGGCUGGUGAGUCGGUGGAGAUUUUGGCUGACGUUGAUAGCUCGGUCUUGGAUGAGUUGUUGGCAACUCUUGAGAAAUACCGGUUGAGGUCUAAGGUAGAUAUCGAGAAUGUGGCGGAUGACUUCCUUUGCUGGCAGAGAUACAGUGGUGACCUUCCCGGAAAGACCCCUGCUGUUGAAGAACCAGAGGCAGCUUCAGUUGGUUGGGGCAGCGGUGUCGAUAGUUCUAGCAAGUCAGCUUCACAUGGCAGUGAUGUUGGAUGCCAAUGGUUUAAAGAUCCCAGAAUAGAUGGUCUAGGUUUUAGGGGGAUAUUUCGAUCCGGUACAAUACCACCUUUUGUCGAGUCUGAUAAAGAAGAUGAAGAGAAUUACCUUAUGUGGAGAUUAGAGAAGGGAGUUGCUGAAGGCUCGACUGAAAUUCCUAAAGGGGAAGCAAUUCCACUUGAAUACAAUUUCGCUGGUCUCAACGCAAUCAGCUUUGAUAAAGGGUGCUACGUAGGGCAAGAACUUAUAACUCGUACACACCACAGGGGGGUUAUUCGCAAGAGAUUGCUUCCUUUAAAGUUUCUCGAUGAUAACGGAAAAGAGGUUGAGGGAAAAGUUACCCCUGGUUCAGAAGUGAUCAGCACAGUUUCUAAUAAGAAGCUAGGGAGUGUGACAACUGCACUCGGCUUUCGUGGGAUGGGUGUCUUGAGGCUCGACGAUGCCUUCAAAGAUACAUUGGCGAUAUGGGGGCAGGAGGAUAUAAGGGUUAUGGCUAUUAAACCAGAUUGGUGGCCUGCAGAAUGGUUUCAAGAUCAACAACAUACCGAUACUGCCAACGCAUAAACUGGUUUACGUGAAUUUGAUCGUCUUUCUUGCCAUCGUUCGGCUUGGGCGGCUCACACGGUUAUAAGCAAUGGUACGACUUGGUAGAACUUAUUUUACAACAGGUUUACUUUUUUCCCUCUCACUAAAGAAAAUGAAAGUAAUA